CAGGAGCCGGCGGCGGCGCUGCGACCCGGAGGGAGCGCAGCGAGAGCAGUGCGGCCGGGGUCCAAGGGGGGAGCCCGGCGCCAGCCCAGCAGGCUCUGCCGCCGCUACCUUUCGGUCGAUACUUGGGUCCCUGCGGGCGGCGUCACAGAUUUCCGCUUGGCAGAUUAACCAACAGCAAGAGGGGCGAGUCUGUCUCCGUUCUGAGUGCGGCUUUGGGCAAGACCAGCACAACAGACCGUAGGCCCGAAUCCACCACGCCACGGUACCCUUCCCCAUCCCAGAACUUACUCUGGGGUCUGCCUGAGGCCAGCUGUGUGAAGAUGAGCAGCGCUGUCCUAGCAUGACGACCUUGGACCAUGUGAUCGCCACCCACCAGUCGGAGUGGGUCUCCUUCAGUGAGGAGCCACUCUUUCCUGUCCCUUCUGACGGGGGCACAGAAGAGCACCUCCCAGGACUGUCGUCUUCCUCAGAUCAGUCCGAGAGCUCCUCUGGGGAGAACCAAGUGGUGGAUGGAGGCUCUCAGGACCUUUCCCACUCGGAGCAGGAUGACUCCUCUGAGAAGAUGGGCCUCAUCUCUGAAGCGGCCACUCCUCCUGGGAGCCCCGAGCAGCCCCCGCCUGACCUGGCCUCGGCCAUCAGCAACUGGGUUCAAUUUGAAGAUGACACCCCCUGGGCCAGCAUAUCACCAACUCAUAAAGAAACAGGCCCACCAUUGACCAUGCCCUGCUGGAUGUGCCCUUCCUUCACCUCCCUGGGCAGAUGCCCUCCGACCUCCGAGAGCAGCUGGACCACGCAUUCUGAAGACACCAGUAGUCCUAGUUGUGGCCCCUCGUACACAGACCUGCAGGUCAUCAGCACAGAGGAGCAGAUGAGUGGCCCGGCUUCUGGGGCUGACUCGACAGACGAGAGGACGGAGUGGCAGACAGGCAGGCAGACGACGGUGAGUCCUGUUCCAGCAUGCAUGGAGCAUACCUCCACCCGCACCCACGUCCUGGACCCCUCGCCACCCUCACCCCACCCCAGGAGGAGCCAGAGCCCAGGCGAGGGUCCGGAGGGGACCUCCACUCCCAAUGACAAUUCUUCCUCACUCCAGGAAGAUGAAGAGGUAGAGAUGGAGGCCAUCAGCUGGCAGGCCAGCAGUCCAGCCAUGAAUGGACACCCUGCCACUCCAGUGACCUCUGCUCAUUUCCCUAGCUGGGUCACUUUUGAUGACAAUGAAGUCAGCUGCCCUUUGCCACCCAUCACCUCUCCCCUGAAGGCAAACACACCACCUAGUGCAUCUGUGAUCCCAGGUGUACCUUAUAACUCAACUGGGUCAUUUAAGAAGAGGGAACGCCCCAAGAGCACUUUAGUGAACUUCUCCAAAGUUCAGAAGCUGGACAUUUCCUCCUUAAACCAUCCGCCUUCCAUAACUGAAGCUCCACCAUGGAGGGCAACCAAUCCUUUCCUGAAUGAGACUCUACAGGAUGUACAACCCUCCCCUAUCAACCCUUUCAGCGCUUUCUUUGAGGAGCAGGAGAGGCGUUCCCAAAACAAUUCCAUUUCCAGCACCACAGGCAAAAGCCAAAGAGAUUCUCUCGUUGUCAUCUACCAGGAUGCCAUCAGUUUUGAUGACUCAAGCAAAAACCAGUCACACUCUGAUGCUGUUGAAAAACUCAAACAACUCCAAAUUGAUGACCCUGAUCACUUAGGUAAUGCGACACUAACUGAUGAUGACCCAGGAGGCUGGAUUGAACUAGGCGACCACCUGCCUGCUUCAGCACUGUCCCAGCCCAGGAAUGGGUGGCCAAUGAUGCUAAGGAUCCCUGAGAAGAAAAACAUCAUGUCCUCCAGGCACUGGGGACCCAUCUACAUCAAACUGACAGACAGUGGUUACCUGCAGCUGUAUUAUGAGCAGGGCCUAGAAAAACCAUUCCGUGAGUUUAAGCUGGAGAUCUGCCACGAGAUUUCUGAACCCCGACUCCAAAACUACGAUGAGAAUGGCAGGAUCCACAGCUUGCGGAUAGACCGUGUCACCUACAAGGAGAAGAAGAAAUACCAGCCCAAACCUGCUGUUGCCCACACAGCAGAGAGGGAGCAAGUGAUUAAGCUGGGCACCACCAAUUACGAUGACUUCCUGAGCUUCAUCCGUGCAGUUCAGAACCAGCUCAUGGAUCUGCCGGUGUUGUCGAUGGACUUGAGCACGGUCGGCUUGAACUACCUUGAGGAGGAGAUUACAGUGGAUGUCAGAGAUGAAUUCUCUGGCAUUGUGAGCAGAGGAGACAGCCAGAUUCUCCAGCACCACAUCUUGACACGGAUCCACAUUCUGAGUUUCCUGUCUGGGCUUGCGGAAUGCCGCUUGGGCCUCAAUGACGUCCUCAUCAAAGGGAACGAAAUCGUUUCCCGGCAAGACAUCAUGCCGACCACCACCACAAAGUGGAUCAAGCUCCAUGAGUGCCGUUUUCAUGGCUGUGUGGACGAGGAUGUAUUCAACAACUCACGGGUUAUUCUGUUCAACCCUUUGGAUGCGUGCCGCUUUGAGCUGAUGCGGUUCCGGACAGUAUUUGCUGAGAAGACCUUGCCUUUCACGCUCAGGACGGCAGCAAGCAUCAAUGGGGCAGAGGUGGAGGUGCAGAGCUGGCUAAGGAUGUCCACCGGCUUCUCCUCUAACUGUGACCCUCUCACUCAGGUUCCCUGUGAGAAUGUGAUGGUUCGCUACCCUGUGCCCAGUGAGUGGGUGAAAAACUUCCGCAGGGAAAGCGUCCUGGGAGAAAAGUCUCUGAAAGCCAAAGUGAACCGGGGGGCCAGUUUCGGCUCCACUAGUGUAUCUGGCUCUGAGCCGGUCAUGAGGGUAACUCUGGGAACUGCCAAGUAUGAACAUGCCUUUAACUCCAUUGUAUGGAGGAUAAACCGAUUGCCCGAUAAAAACUCAGCUUCUGGUCACCCGCACUGUUUCUUCUGCCACCUUGAACUUGGCUCUGACCAGGAAGUGCCUUCCAGAUUUGCCAGUCACGUGAAUGUCGAGUUCAGCAUGCCCACAACUUCUGCCUCGAAAGCUGCUGUAAGAUCCAUCUCCGUGGAAGACAAGACUGACGUCAGGAAGUGGGUCAAUUAUUCCGCACACUACAGCUACAAGGUGGAGAUUGAGCAGAAAAAGAGUUUGAAGCCAGACUUUGAAGGAGAUGAAAUGGAAACUCCCAGGGAGUGUGGGGUCCAGUGAUGAGGCCCUACUGCCGGGGCCUGACCCGAGUCCCCAUAGGAUGUCUUCCCGAAUAGCUGAAGUUCAAGUCAGUACCUGCCAUGACUCCUCCACCUUGGGAUCAGUGUACUGGACCCUCCUGUUUGUGGUUAUCUCCAUUUUAACAGGAAACCCUGAGGUGGUUGCUUUGGAGAGGCUCUGAUGUGCCUGAAGCACCUGGCUCACCUGACUUUUGGAGCUCGUUAAUUACGCCUCCUUCUCUCCGCUCUGCUUAGCUCAUAGCACUUGGGUGUGGUUUGUUGUGGUUCCCAGAGUCAGGAAAAGAGCCUCCUACUUUGGUGUUGGCAUGAUUUCCUUCUGAUGGUCUUAUGUCACUUACAUGAGUUUCUAGAAAACACAGUCUUGAGAAGUUAAUUAAUUAAGAACCCAUCUCUGUCACUCCCUUUAGAAAAGGUUCAGAAAAGGUACAAAACAAAUUUCUUCUUUGGGUCUACUAGUCCUUUCAUAGGUGUCUCCAUUCUUAAAAUAGUCACACUAUGCAGUAGCAGUUUUCGAGGCAUUUCUCUCUUGGUUCUAUAUUGUGUUGAUGGAAACACUUUUUCCAUCUCUCUAAGGUUUCAGUCACAGGGUUCACCACUCUGAGUCACAAUUGACAAAGGAAAAAAGGCACAAUAGGAUCUCUAAGAUUAGCCCCAUAUUCUGCGAAGGGUGGCUGUUGAAGGGAAAGCAAAUUUGAGUUUAUUUUUCUUCAUUCUGGAGAAAAGAGACAUUAGUGGUAAAAGUAUACUCAAUUUAGGAGAGAGCUCCGAUCUCAGUGAAUUCCCAAAUUCACAUUGAAAAAGGUAGGCCAUUUCUGAUUCCUGAAAUAAAUGGAUAUAUACCUAUAUAUCUAUGUGGAAUACCUCAGGCAUUUGUCAGGGGCAUUUAGGAGCUCUUUUUAUACCUCACAGCCAAUUGACAGUGCAUAUCUCUUUAACUCAAACUUUACAGGAAGUGUAUGCUGAAAAGAUGAUUAAAGCUGUGGCAAAGCUAAGCUUAUAUGACCUUUUCCCAGAAAUUCAGGGUUUAAUAAUUACAGUAUUGUAAUAGAUCUAAAAGGCAGAAGACUCUAGGGUAGAGAUGGGGGAAAGCCAUGUUUUUCUAACGUUGGGCACAUUGACCCCUGAUUCCAAGAGUCUGGGACAAGCACUCUACUUUCCCUUCAUCCCUUCCUGCUUACGUUCUAGACCUCUGCUUCUUAUUUGUACUUGGGUGUUUUCUACUAUACAAGGAACUACAUCAGCCAUCCCAAAGGGGACACCUGCUUAGUAAUUUAAAGGCAGCUUCUAUCUGCCUUUCUAUUUCGCCAUGUAAAUUGAAUCAGAGGACAGAAAGCACGCUUAGCAGAUUUGUAGAUGACAUAGAAAGACAUGUAUCCAGUCUAUUGACGAGCAGAUUCGGGAUUAAGUUAUUCGAUGAAUAUUCAUUGAAUUCUAACUAUGUACUGACACUAAGCUAUAGAAAUCAUUACAGUUUUUUGAAAUACGUAAGCAUAAGACUGAAACUAAAAGGAUGAAAUUGAACAGGCAUUAAUGAGAAACUACAUUCUGAGUUUUUUUUAAAAUGCAACCUUCUAAGUAGAGAGUGGUGUACGUAUGUGUGUAUUUGUGGAGGUGUGUGUUUAUAUGUGUGUGUUGAUGGGAAGGGUGAUAGAAAGUACUGGUUUCACAGAAGUUCAUGUAGAAGAAGCAUUUUCUUCGGGAAAUAGAAGUUCAAUUUUGAAUCAGGAGUAUAUUGUGGUUAUUCACAAAGGUAAUGCAUUCAAACUGUGGUAUUAGAGGUCCAGGGAGCCCUGCAUGUUGCACUGGUAAGUCUACAUCUGGAUGGAGGGUUGGGUUCCAUUCUGGGUACCAUGUGUUAAGAGAAACAUUAAUAAAUUGAUUGUGUCCAAAGGCAGGUGGCCAGAGUUGUAAAGGGUCUGAUUAAAUAAGGAACAGGGGACUAGAUCCCGUGAAGAACAGAAGGUACAGCUGGAAAGGGAGUGCAGAAAAGGAGAAAAUGGUAUGAUAGCUGCAUUGAAAUUUCUGUUGAGCUCUAAAAAGGGAGAAGAAUUAGACUUAUUCUGUGUAGCUUCAAAGGGCAAAAAUAGGAACAAAGGGGACUUUUAUAAAUGACAGAUGUUUGCUUCAAUAUAAGAAAAUGUUUUCUAAUAAGAAUUGUUUUAAAGAGGGAUAGACUCAAGCAGUAAAAUUUUCUGCUGCUGCAAAUGCCCAAACAAAGUUAAAAUAGUCAUCUAUUCCAGAUGCUGUGAUAAGGUCUCUUACAGUGGAUUUGAGCUGGAUGACUACCAAGAUCCCUUCUACAUGUAGGUUUAGUUUCAGUAGUAAUAGUACUCUGUAACUCUAGUUAUUUUUUUCUUUGAUAAGUGGUUUUUCAUGCUCUUUGAAAUACAGUGGGGUCCCCCAGAGGUCUUCAUCAAGUGAGGGCUCCAAGGCAUAGCCCAUCCCCUUUUGUACUAAAGGCAUAUGAGAUUCCUCAUUGAAACACCGAAAUGAAUUGAAGAGCUGGCAAAGCGAAGGUCAUUCUGGUACCUUUCUUAUUGAAGAUUAGCAUCUGGACAGCCUCUCAAGAUCUCUGCCUCGCCUGCUAGCAUCAUGUGUACUACUUCUUGGACACCCCUACCACUCCUCACCUGCCUCCCCCUUGGUUAACUCUCACUGUCUUCAUGCUUUCACUUGGACGUGUUUUGUUUUUUUAAAAACCAAGGGUUUGGCAUAUCCCUUUCAUGCUAUCUAUGCAUUCAGCAAGCAAAUUAUUAUUAAUCUUGAAAAACUUACCACCUUGAUCUCAUGAAAUGUGUUUUCCUUCUACUGUCUUGGAGAAACUGAUUAUUGGUAGCAUUUAGGGGUUAGAGAAUGUAACACUAUAUAUUUUCAGCCCUUAAUAGCCUACAUACAAAACACAACUGGGUAAAUUACCUUUUUCAUGUGCAGAUUCUACGUCUGUCACGCUGGAUUUUGUGUGUGUGGUCACAAAUAAUCCAUGUCUGUGUUAUCAAUAAUGUGAAAAUAUUAAAAGUUAAUUCAUUUUACCAGUGCAUAGUAUUUCUAUUAGAAAAUUAACUAGAUGUCACAUAUCAACAGCUGUAAUUUCUUUUGAGCCUAGUGGCUUACUUUGUGACUUCAUAGUAAGAAGAUUAGAAAAGUCCUCAUUAUAACAUGUCAAACAAGAGAAUAUGAGGAAUUUCGUGAGGGAUGCGUUAAAUCCCCUUUGCCACUCUUGUAAACAUUUUGCAUUUCACUUAUAUUAAAUAUUAUUCUGGACAGUGGGAUUUUUUUUGUUUGUUUGUUUUUUAUUUGGUUUUAUCACCCUUCUCUACCUUCCUGCGUUAUUGGCAGGGCUCAUAACCCUUGAGAACAUUUUUUAUGUAAAAUAUUUUUUUUUUGAAAUGAGAGGAGUUUCUAUUCAAAUCCAGUGAGUGGGUGAAGGCAGGAGUUUACUUCCCUAGAAAUUCACAUUCCCAAGAAAUGUGAUCCAUGAAGGCAAGGAAUGUAUCUUAUUUUUUGUUUCCAGUACUUAGUAAAAAGCUUGGAAUAUAAUAGGUUCAGCCACCUUAAAUCCUUGCUGGUGAGACAAAUAUAUGUUAAUGAAAUAAAGGGAAAUUACUACGUAUUCAAUACAUGUUUGCCCAAUGAAUAUUGACCCUGAAAUUCUAAGACUGUUUAACUCUUACUUAUCGUCAAAUACUUAUAUUAAAGCAAGCCAACUUGCUUUUAUUCCCUGGAAGACUUCAAAUAAUAUCUCUUUCUUUUCAUUCCUGCCUCCACUGUCAACUAAUGAUAAUUGUCAACACUUAAUGUGCAGCUGAAUUUAAACUAUAAUGUAUUUUAUUCAUGUUGAAAAAACAUUGUUGUGCCCAAAGAUACAGCAGUACAGAUGCUGUCCAUAGUCAAGAUUAUUGAUUCAGUUUUGUUCCUGCAAGUCAGAGCUGUGAGGAGUCUGAGCCUUGCCCAUUGGAUGUUCAGUGGGAGAAGAAAGCAUUUGGUGGAGAGCACAGCCAGUCUUGGUAUGCUAGGUCUUUUUUUUUUUGCCACAAUAGUAACCACUGACCAAUGUUACUGUGUAUUUCUUUUGUCACCACAGUAAGAUGGAGGUCUGAGAUAAGGCUAAAACUCGUAAAAUGAAAUCAUGAUUUCAGAGCUGCUUUUAAGUCACAGAAUAAGUUUAGUGGUGGGAAGGCAGAGAAUGAUCUGAAUUUUGUUCUUAAAAGCCUCGGGAAUAUUAAAUUGAUUUGAGUAGGAAGCACUGCCAUCUAGCCUACUUUUAGAAAUUCUCCCCGUUGGGAAUGGUAACCUUAGCUCUUCUACAAAGGAUGGUGAUAAGUUAGUCCUAGCAGAUCUACAGUUUAGAUUAUAUUAAGAAUGCAAUUUAAGAGAAAAUUGAAACAAAACUGACCAAAAACAGUAUUGAAUCCACAGAAAAUAUCAUCUAGAAAACAAAUCAUCUCUGACACUUCACUACCAAGUUCCAUCUAAACCAUGACAGCUCUUUAUAUAAAAUUAGUCAUGGCAUUCUCACCAAGUUCCAACAAUGUUUUCAUUCCCCCCACCCCACCUUUGUUCCACCUCCCCUCCCCCCACUCUGGUUCAAGCCAUUGUUUCUCAGUCUAGUUGUGUAGGACACAGCUCCCUGGCCCAUGCUGGUAUUGUAAGCCUUGCACUCCCGCCAGUCAGCUGCUCACGGCAGCUCAUGGCAGCCCAGCUCCAGAGAGAGCUGUGUUCACAAUCUUAGCUGUAGAGGGUGCAGCUCACUGGCCCAUGUGGGAAUCGAACCAAUGACCUCAGCGUUAGGAGCAUGGUGCUCCAACCCCCGGAGCCACCGGGUAGGCCCCCUAACAAUGUUUUCUACACAUUACCAAUGUCUAGGCACCAGUUCCGACAAAUCACCAUUUCUUCACCAUUUCUUAAUUAUUCUCUUUGUAAAUGAAACUUGCUUUGGAUUUUCUGACUCAUAUUUAUGUAUUUAAGGAAUUACAAGUGAACAAGGUGUAUAAGACAGUUAUAAAUGUAGAAAAUAAAUGUGUGUAUCAGUAAUAUUUUCCCAUUUGUUAGCUAAAGCAGGAAUAUGGAAUUUCUACAUAUCUUCUAGGGUGCCUUAGCAAUUCUGACCGGGAGUCAGAAUUUGAAGGGGAAAAAAUUUAUCUCUGAACUUGCAAUUCCAGAGCUGUAAAGAAAUCAUUCAUACAUAGUAAUAUGCUUGGUAGUGACUGGAAAGAAGCUGAUAGCAAUUGUAUGUAAUGAAAAGCUAUAAAAGAACAGACUCAAAAAAUAGAAUUCCAAUAUGCAAAAAUAUUCAUAUUGAAUAUAAAUGAGAUUAUAGGGAGAUGACAGAGACAGCACUAGCCAUCAAACCUCAAAAUGCUUGAACUAGAGGCCAUCCCUUAAAAGUAAGGAGUUCUAGGAAAAAUAAAAGAUUGCAUAGCAGAGAUAAACAAUGGUUAAUUAAUUCAACAAGUACUUAUGAAGUGUCUACUCUGGUCAAGGUGCUACGCUAGCAGCCAGAUUCUCAAAGGGGAGCUAAGAGCAAAGGACACUGAGGGUUGUUGGGAUAAAAUUGGGGUUUCUGUGAAUCUUUAAAGGACAUAAUCAUGGAUACAAUCACGAUUUAAGUGACUUGCUGUUUUCCCAAUUGGGCUUCAGUAACUGCAGCUAAAAAAGUGAGGAAGUUGGACUAAUUGUUCCCUUAGGUCAGGGGUGUCCAAACUUUUUCCAACGGUUUUCAC